UCUUCCCCUUCCGGUCCCAGGCGCAGCGGCUCCUGUGGGCUGGCGGUUCAGACAUGGCCAAGUCCAAGAACCACACCACGCACAACCAGUCCCGGAAAUGGCACAGAAAUGGCAUCAAGAAACCCAGAUCACAAAGAUACGAAUCUUUAAAGGGGGUAGACCCCAAGUUCCUGCGGAACAUGCGUUUUGCCAAGAAGCACAACAAGAAGGGCUUUAAGAAGAUGCAGGCGAACAACGCCAAGGCCCUGAGCACGCGGGCCGAGGCCAUCAAGACGCUGGCGAAGCCCAAAGUCGUGAGCAACAAACGCAAACUGCCCGAGCAGCCCACCCGCAAGCUGCAGCUCCUCGCCUUCAUCGCCCACCCCAAGCUCGGGAAGCGCAUCCGUGCCUACAUGGCCAAGGGCCGCAGGCUUGCCACGCCCAAGGCCCCGUGGGCCCAGGCCAAGGCCAAGGCCCAAGCCAAGGCCCAGGCUGCAGCUGCAGCCGCUGGCUAGCACUCCAGCUCAGGCCCAGGCCGCAGCCCCUAAGGGAGCCCAGGCUCCAGCCCCUAAGGGAGCCCAGGCUGCUGCCCCUAAGGGAUCCCAAGC